UUCAUUACGAUUAUUAUCUUAAUUCCUUCUCUGCUUACCCCAAUGCCACCUCAACACCAGCAUGGGAGGGAUUUUGGAGGUGCAGACCCCAGGGCAGGGUGGCUGCAGGCCUCAUUGACAGCAUCGUGCCCAGAGUGGCCAUAAAUAAUUUCAAGUCAUUUUACUGAUUUCUGACACAACUGCUGGAAGCCUUCCUUGCUAACUCACUAUAUGAGCCGAAUUUAAUGGGUUGCCAUAUGCAAACAGGACCUGGGUGAAGUCAGAGAAAGAAUGGCUGAAUGGAUGGGUUUGGAGACCAAAAAUAAAAUGAAAUAGGGAAAAUGUGUACUUUCUGCUGAUCAUAGCCUUUUUAUUUCAGCUGAGCGUGGAACCCUCUGAGUGGCAGUGGCUGCACAUUUUGGGGUGGGAUCUCGGAGGGACAGAGGCUGACCCCUCCCUGUGUCCAUCAGCAUGGAUUGCAAUGACACCAUCACCGCAGAAGUCUGCAAGGAGGACGACAUUGGGGAUGGAGAGUGAGUAGCCCAUGGAGAGCCCACCACCAUGAGCCAUGCAGGCCACAGGGCCAGCGUUGCCAUGGCAACAGCCGCCAUGUUGGCUGCUGCCAUCUUGUUGGUGAAGGGAGCAUCGCCAUGGCUGUGAGGGGCUGAUCCCCGCUCCCUGCUGUGCCCAGACUCUGUGAGGUGAUGGUGGCUGGCUAUCCGGUGCUGCUAGUGAGGAACAAGAUGGAGUUCAGCGCCCUGGGCAGUAGGUGCCCACACUAUGGCGCACCGCUCAGCAAAGGGGUCUUGAGAGGGCACAGGCUGCGCUGCCCCUGGCACGGCUCCUGCUUCAACAUCAAAACUGGAGAUAUUGAGGAGUACCCUUCUCUGGACUGCCUACCUUGCUUUAAGGUAACAGUGGAAGAUGGAAAGGUGUUUGUUACAGCCAAAAAGAAGGAUCUUGAAAGCAGCCUGAGGGUGAAGGACAUGAGCAAACGAUGCCUUCUCAACCGGAACACCAUGCUUCUCCUGGGGGGAGGUGUGGCUGCCCUGGCUUGUGCAGAGACACUUCGCCAAGAGGGCUUUACUGGCAGGAUCAUCAUGGCCACCAAAGAGAAACAUGCUCCGUAUGACAAGUCCAAGUUGAGCAAGGAAAUGAAUUUAAAAGCUGAGGACAUCUACCUGAGGAAACCUGAAUUCUUCUGUGCUCAUGGCAUAGAGCUCUGGACAGAGAAAGAGGCAGUGUCAGUGGAUUUCCAGAAGCAGAAGGUUCGCUUCAUGGAUGGAUCCUCUCAGAAGUACAACCAGCUGUUCAUUGCAACAGGUGGAAACUCCAGCUUCCUCAAAGUCCCAGGUGCAGACCUGCAGAACGUGUGUCAUCUUCAAACCCCAGAGGAUUCUAGCAAGGUCUUAGAGCUGGCAUCUGGGAAGAAUCUGGUGAUUGUAGGAGCUUCAUUCAUAGGAAUGGAGGCAGCUGCCUUCCUCUCAGACAAGGCUGCUGUCAUCUCGGUGGUGGAAAAACAUGAGUUCCCUUUCCAGAAAACGCUGGGUCCUCAGGUCGGAGGUGUUGUCUUGAAGAUGCUGCAAAGUAAAGGAGUCAAGUUUUACAUGAAAAAAGAACUCCAUGAGCUGAAAGGGAAGGAUGGAAAGGUCACAGAAGCCAUUCUUGCCAGUGGAGAAAAACUACCUGCAGAUGUGGUGGUGGUGGGAAUAGGGGUGACCCCCAACUCUGCAUUUCUGAAGGGCACCUCCAUCGCCAAAGACAACAGUGGUGCCAUCCUGGUGGACCUGCACAUGCAAACCAACAUCCCAAACGUCUUUGCUGGGGGGGAUGUUGUCUCCUUUCCCGUAGCGCUGCUCAACGGGGACCACUCCAGCAUCCAUCACCAACAGGUUGCUGAGGCCCACGGUUCCAUCGCUGCCUUCAACAUGUUGAAGAAACAGAAGGAGUUGUACACUGUCCCCUUCUUCUGGACCACAAUGCUUGGGAGAAGCAUCCACUAUGCAGGCUGUGGGAAGGGCUACACAGACACCGUUCUGAAGGGCAGCUUGGAGAAACAGAAGUUCCUCAUCUUCUACCUCAAGGAUGGCUUUGUAACGGCAGCUGCCAGCCUAAACUGCGACCCCAUGGUGUCUCUGAUUGCUGAAGUUUUAUACUUGGGGAAAAAAAUAUCUAAAGAAGAAGCAGAGGCCUACGAUAUCAACAACAUACCCUUGUGACAGCAAGCUAAGCUUCACCUGUACACUGCCAUAGGGGGAACAGCAUCAACCAGGAGUUAAAGCUCAAGUUGUUGCGAGAGAAAUAAAGUGGAAGCAAGUGGAUUGAGUACAUGCAUUUUGUGUUUGCACAGCCCUCAGCUGCUCUUUGCACUCCGGGGCAAAACAGAGAUGUGCUUUUUCUUAACCAGGGACCUGCUGGGCUGAGCAAGAGGAGACCACACAAGGUCCCCAGUCCACCGCCUCCAUCCACCACCUCCAGCUCACUUCUGGCAGGGAGCAUUCAUUCAGCACACCCCGGUCACGCUGACCUUCUGCUUUGCAGAAGCACAUUUUCCCAGCGAGGGGAACUCUGAGUGAGGCAAGCUGCUCUCACAGCUGGGAACAAGACAGUCUGUGUGCAAGAGCUGAUGCCAAAUAACUCACCCCUAAGGACAGAAGGCUGCGAGCCGACCUUUGAGCAUGCAGCACCUGCUGGCAUUGCUACAGCUGUUGUGAAUCUUGCAUUAGCUGCUGCAGCGACUGAUUCCAAUCCAGCAACCCCAGCCCAGCUGCACGCAGCACGGCAUCCCCAGUGCUGGCUGCUUCAAGGAGGAGGGUGGAUGCUGCAGGAAACGCAGCCUCAGUGCUGGAGGAAAGAGUUGCAUGGUUUUGCAAGGCAGCAGCAAGUGAGGCUGUGCACUCUACAGGAAGCACUGCACUUACUCACCGGUCACAUGGCACUUUGCAGGAGGAAGGGUAAGCUCUGAGUGUCAGGCAAGUUCCCACAGGGACACUGUGUCAGCCUCAAUCCCUCUGCUUUUCUGCUCAGUGCAGAGCUGAGCCGGUUUGCUCAGCAAGUGAGGUAACAUUGCACCAUUUUUGUGUAAAACACUCGAAGUUGCACCCCAGCACCUUCUCACAUACGAAGCUAGCAUGAAAUCCCCGAACUCUUUGGGCUCAGUGCUGCUGUGCAGGGCAAUUCUCAACCCUGAAACCGCCCCAACUUACCCAAGGGGAGCACGUCACAACAACAGGAGGAAGCAGCAACCCUAAGCACUCCCCACGUGCUGACACACACACACACAGGGGCAGAGACUCAGUGGAAGGAACACACAGCUCCUCCAUACCACACACCAACAGCUCUGGCACAGCCAUGCCUUGGAGCUGCCCCUCCUCCCGCCCCGUGCACUCACUGCAGCUGCUUUGUGCCCCUCACUUUCCUCUGAUUCUGUAGGAACUUGCAGUUCUGCAGCUGGGCUGGGAGAGCACGGUGCUGCCUGCAGCCAGAGGCGUUCCUCCAUCAUCAAAUACUGAGCAGGAGUUGGUCCAGGGGGGCUCAGUAGCCCUAUUCCCUGCAGUAGGCAGCAGUAGCCCCCCCAAAAAACUCCACUUCCUGCAGCCAUCAGCACAUGCAUGCCAAGUUCUUAUCAGAAUGAAGGACGUUGUGCAACAGAUUUGCCCUACUUCUGCCAGUUAAGGGACACCAAACUGCUUUCUGCACAUCACCAGGUGCAGAAAUCCAGCAGCAGCCUUACACCCAAACAGGGAGACUGAACCAGAACUGUGCAGCCUCCAGCACGAGGCUCCUGCUGUCCUUGCUGGGUCCAUACACAGAUGUUUUACCCCAUUACUUUGGAUCCCAGAAGGCUUUACCCAAACCCUUCCUGGUGCUACCAUCAGCAGCUCAAACAGGGAGGACACAGCACACCCAGCAUACCUGAAGCCCUGGCACUGCCCCAGCACAGGUCAUAGAACAGGGCAGCCAUUCCCUGGGCUGUGCAUGACUCGGCCCUGAGUCAGCAGCUCCGCAGCCCAUCCCGCCCAGGCAGCCCCAUCCCACCACCCAACUCUUUGCAGUGCCAAUCCCUGUAACAGCACAGAUAGAUCAGCCCUGCUGUGACGGACCUAAAAAACAACCCUCUGCCCACUGACCCCCGUGGGACAGAGCUGCCACCCCUCCUUGCCACCCCACAGUCCAAAGUCACCACCAUCCUCCCACUCCACAGGCAACGAAUGAGUGAUUCAGGAAAACACAAAGUUUAAUGUCUCUGGCCGUCUCAAUUCAAUGCCACCUCACCAUGGGGUG